AUGGUUGCCAAGAUCCCCAACCAAUUCAAAACAUAUGCCCUUGGCUGCUUGAUUGGCACAGGUUCAUCAAGCUCUGUAUACCAAGUUUACUGUUUAAAAACGGGUCAGUAUUUUGCCGCUAAAUUCAUUCCAAGAGAGUUAUUUUCUGAAAGCAACGAGUAUUUGAGACAUGUAGAAUCAGAACUAAGAAUACUAGAAAGAAUAGAUCAUCCUCGCAUUGCAAAGUUCCAUGAAGUCAUCUAUCUUGAAGAUUUUAUAGUAAUCAUCAUGGAAUUGUUGCUUAACGGUACAUUACACCAACUUACUUCAACAAGGCAUAAAUUACCUGAGCCAAUGGUUUACAAUAUUAUUAUUCAAACAGCAGAGGCUCUUGAUUAUCUUCACUCGAAAGGAAUUGCUCAUAGAGAUAUCAAACCGGAGAAUAUCGGAUUUGAUGAAAAUAUGAAUGUUAAGCUCCUUGACUUCGGUUUCGGUGUUCAAACUAAAAAUCGAAACUUAAAUCUCGCGUGCGGAACUCCUUAUUUUAUUGCUCCAGAAGUCAUAUAUAAUGAUACAUAUGAUGGAAGCAAAUCAGACAUGUGGUCCUUAGGCAUAACUAUCUACUACACAGUCUUCAGAAAGUUUCCAUUUCCAGAAUGUUCAACAAAAAAGUUCCUCAAGUACUUGGGAGAACUUAAAGACAUUGAAGCACAAUGCUAUGGCAUGAUGAAAACAAUUCUUGAAGGACUCUUAGUUAAAAAUCCAGAUGAAAGGUUAUCUGCAAGGCAAGUCAUCAAUCUCUUGCAGUUUAAACCAGAUAAUAAUGUCCGUGCAAGAUCAUUAUCCAUGCCAGCUGUCUUGAGCUCAAAGAAUGCUUCAAAUAACAGAAACACAAAAUUAAUCAUUCGUCCUGAAAUCAACUAA